CGUAGAAAGUGUGGAGGGGGGGUGAGUGGGUCUGGAACAGUUCAGACAAAUAAAGACAGCUGCCUGUACCUUUGGGUUUUCUUCUGCUGGCUGCGCGGAGCUGUAACCCCACGUGUAAACUGCUUUAAUUUAAAACCUCUCGGCUUCUGUAACUCAGAUCUGAACAGGAUUUUCUCUGCUAGUCUUCUGUCUGUCUUAGCCGGCUAACACAGCGUGUCUAAAAUGAACGGCCACCUGAACGGUUUUCAUCACAACGUGUUCCACGAAGAAGACUGCUUCCUCUUCACUUCCGAGUCAGUCGGCGAAGGUCACCCUGAUAAAAUUUGUGACCAAAUCAGUGAUGCCGUGCUGGAUGCUCACCUUAAACAAGACCCUGACGCCAAAGUAGCAUGUGAGACUGUUGCUAAGACGGGGAUGAUCCUGCUUGCGGGGGAGAUCACCUCCAGAGCCAGUGUUGACUAUCAGAAAGUUGUCCGGGAUACGAUCAGGGACAUCGGCUAUGACGACUCCAGUAAAGGUUUUGAUUAUAAGACCUGCAACGUUCUGGUGGCUCUUGAGCAGCAGUCUCCUGACAUCGCUCAGGGUGUUUACCUCGACCGUAAAGAAGAGGACGUUGGAGCUGGAGACCAGGGUCUCAUGUUUGGAUACGCCACCGAUGAGACCGAGGAGUGUAUGCCCCUCACCAUCGUUCUGGCUCAUAAGCUCAAUGCCAAGAUGGCUGAACUGCGCCGAGACGGAUCGCUGCCCUGGAUCCGACCCGAUUCCAAAACUCAGGUGACCGUUCAGUACCGGCAGGACAGAGGAGCUGUGGUGCCGCUGCGCGUCCACACCAUCGUUAUCUCCGUGCAGCAUGACGAGUGUGUAAGCCUGGAGGAGAUGCGUCACUGUCUGAAGGAGCAGGUGGUGAAAGCCGUAGUUCCUGCCUGUUACCUCGAUGACGAUACAAUCUACCACCUGCAGCCCAGCGGUCGCUUUGUCAUCGGAGGGCCACAGAGCGAUGCUGGCCUGACUGGGCGUAAGAUCAUUGUGGACACCUAUGGGGGCUGGGGAGCGCACGGAGGUGGAGCUUUUUCUGGAAAGGACUACACGAAGGUGGACCGCUCUGCAGCUUAUGCCGCACGUUGGGUGGCUAAAUCUCUUGUUAAGGCUGGACUCUGCAGACGGGUCUUGGUCCAGGUGUCAUAUGCUAUCGGUGUGUCCCAUCCUCUCUCUGUCUCCAUCUUCCACUAUGGGACCUCCCAGAAGACUGAAAAAGAGCUGCUGGACAUCGUGAUGAAGAACUUCGACCUCCGUCCAGGAGUCAUUGUGAGGGAUCUGGACCUGAAGAAGCCCAUCUACCAGCGUACAGCAUCUUACGGACACUUUGGUCGGGACAUCUUUCCAUGGGAGAUCCCCAAGAAGCUGAAAUACUGAAGCCCUGUUCUCCGCUGGUACCUGUCAGGUGUCCUGCACAUAAAACUAUUUGUCCUCUCCGUUCUCUCCUCUUCAUCCCCUUUUCUUCCUCAUGCGUAGUUACAUCACAGCACCCUCAGUUAUGUUAGCCUUUUUCCAGUCAGUAUGUUACAACUCUAUUUAUGACAGAUUUUGAACUCUUUGCGCAGUAAGCUGUAUUAAACAUCUAGGCUUUCUGCAGUGCAUGUGUAGACGUGAGCAGGUUCCCACAUUCUGUCUUGUUCUCCUCCAGUAGCAAAAUGUCAUCUUCUAUUUAAGAAAACAGCACACUCCUGGUUCUGUGUGUAUUUAAAGUAUUUAUGGUACAACCAAGUCAAACCGGUCUGGUUUAUUUGUGAUGCAGUCUUUUCAAACCAUUGUUUUUCUGACGUUUUACAGAGAAGUCAGAAGCUGCUAAUGCUCUUAUGGUUUUGUUGGACUGCGUCAUGACUUCUGGAUUUUUUUAAAUGUAAUUUAUUUUGUAGGAUUUGUUCUAAAUUAUGAUUUAUUGUGUCCAUGUUCUGACCAAGAAAAAUAUCUUUUUUUUUUUUUUCUGGUGAGUCAUUCAAAGACGAGCUCCCAUUAUCUCAUUGUAAUCAUGUGGGUCGAUUGUUUACAAAACAUUUGACUACUGUGGGACCUAACAGUUUGUCAAGCAGAGGAAGGAAUUUAGUUUUCUCACUUUGUCGGUCUGACUUGGACAUAAAAUGAAUGGAAAUGAAGGACGAAGAGCAGAGUCAGUGAAGUGAAUGUAUUUUUUGCUCUCGUCGUUUGUAGAGUUACCAAAAAUGGAACGAGCUUCUGAUCUGAGACGAAUAUUUAUCUUACUGCUUAGCUUUACUUUUAAAUAAUGUUUGCUCUUUCAGUUUGGUUUAUUCGAUUUUUUUUCCUUUAGUUCAUAGAAACUCCUCAGGGUUUGCUAAGGUUGCUAAGAUUAAAAAAAUAUUAAUGAAAGGCACAGUUGAUGCGCAAAUGUUGCACUCAGUAACUUUCCUCCUGAAUCAAACAAUGCCCACUAUAUUUACUAAAAAAAAAAUUUUAAUUGUUUUGUGCUGUUAUUCCCCAUCCUACUAGGUGGCACUGUGUCACCAUAAAAAAUAUGUUUUUUUUUUUGCUUCUUUAGCCCCACCCUGUGGUUCUUAAUGUGUAUUACAACAGCAACUUAGUUCACUUCAGAGCCCUCAACCCAGUUUGGAGUUAUUUAAUGAUAUUAUUUAAACAUAGAUUAUUUUACAGUGUGUUUGCGUCCUCCAGCUCACCCACAGCUCAGACAAAUAAUCGGUUGGUGUUGUACAGAGAAACCAGCCUGUUUACAUGGUCUGUAGAGCUGAAAGUGAGUCGUUUUAAAUAUGUAGAAAGUGCCUUUUCAUUCACACUCCUUACCAUUUCACACUUUCCUAUAUGACUAUUCAAUAAUUGCUGUUGAGUCUGACCUGGGUUGUUGUUAAAUUUUCUUUUUAAGCUGCUGGAAUAAAAACUCCCCUCCUGCUU